CUACUUCAACUUCCCUGCGUUUGAUUUCAUAUGGGCUCGUUUCUGCAACACAUAGAUGCUGGUGCAAAACGAAUGAUCCUCUUGAACAUUCUCUGGCUCUACUGCAGGGAGGAGGGACGGAUGGAAGGGAAGGGAGUUGCUGCUGCUGCUGCUCUCUGCUGCAUGCUCGUCAUGCUGUCCGUGUCAGGCCAGCAGCAGGUGGCCGGAUUCACAGGGUUCUCUGGUUGCUUCGGCAGCUGCUACCCUGCCUGCAGGGAGGGCAACCCAGCGUGGCUCUGCACAAUCAAGUGCGUGGAGUCCUGCACCAUCGACUUACACGAGGUGCCCGUUGCCGCGUUCGGUGCCGGCGACUGCUCCAAGAUCUGCCUCUCCUCCAUCUGCGGCGCGACCGACACCGGUGAUGGCAAGAGGCGCUUGUUAACACAGCAAUCUUGCUUUUGAUCAUUUUUGUGUUCGUCUAUGAAUUUUUUGUCUUUGCAUUUGGAUUUGCCAGGGACAACUGAUGCAGGUGCUGCAGCAGCUUGCGUUGAUGAUUGCACCGUGAACUGGAAAUCGUACAAGAACAAGCACACUUGACUAUGACUGGUGAUGGUUCAUGAGUUGCCAGUGAAUAAUGAGGCAUGAAUUGACUGUUCACAAUUAUCGGCGAUAAUAAUACAAGUAGAUCAUGCUAAAUUUUUCAGACUUGUAAUUUCAGUGAGAGCCGUUUUCAGUCCACAAACUUUCAGAAUUACGGACCCUAUGUUUGCUGGUGCAUUUUGGAAA